AUGGGAAAUUGCCUCUUCAAAGGCUCGACUACGACUCUCGACGGCAUCGGUCUGCGGCCGGUGCCAGCGGAAAGGCCGAAAACGUUACGGAAACUCAAGUCGGUGUACGACGCCUCGCCGACGGACCCGCCCACCAUCACCAGCACCAACCUGAGCAGCAAUGGACAGACGGACAGGAAUGUCAACGGCGUGGAGGACGAAGUCAGGAGGCGGAGUAAUACGACGAGCUCGACGCACAGUGGUGACAAGUCGCUGUCGAUUCUCAGCCCAUUCGACGAGCAGGAGGAAUGGGCGAAGAUAUCGGAAAUAAUGGCAUCGUUUGGCAGCAAGCUCGUGCGGGAGUCCGUGUUCGUUUCCGAAUUGGAGCAGGAGUUCACGUCGAGGCUGGGGCUGAGCUGCUCCGAGUCAAGCCUCAGCCCCUCAGUCACAUCCAACUUAGGCUUCUGGCUAUCGAGCAUCGGCCUGCACGACUACGAGCCGCUCUUCUUGGAGAGCGGUUACGAUGAUAUCGAUUUCAUUAACGGCAUCUUAGACGAGAACGACCUACGCGAAAUGGGAAUAGAGGAGAACGAUCGACAGAAGAUUCUAGAGUCCUCGAAACAGUUACCAUUGAAAAUAACGGAGAUAAGCAAUAACCAUAACAAUAAUAACAUAAGCAAGAGCCGAAACGAAACGUCGACGAGUGGC